UUCUAUAAAUACUCUUCCUUCAUCUUUCUCUUGCUAGCUCUCACUCUUAUAUUAUAAAAUAACAACAUACAAAAGACUUACUUACACUCACAAGUUUAGAAACCUUACGAUCUACAAAAUCUCUAGCUAGCUAGCUAUAUACUUUACCAUUAUCAUAUUACAUAAUGUCUAACCGAAAAUCACGGUCAAGAUCACAAACCGGAGCUCCCAUGAUCACUGAAGAACAAAUCAACGAUCUUGUCCUUCAGCUUCAUCGUCUUCUCCCCGAACUUGGUAACAACAGACGCUCUGGAAAGGUUUCAGCAUCGAGGGUAUUACAAGAGACAUGCAGUUACAUAAGGAACUUGAGCAAAGAAGUGGAUGAUCUUAGUGAAAGAUUGUCUCAACUUUUGGAAUCAACUGAUUCAGCUCAAGCUGCACUCAUCCGAAGUUUGCUUAUGCAGUAGAAUUAGUGCAAUACACAUUAAUGUUUUUGUUUUAUAUAACUUUUCCCUUUUAAAUUUUUUUCUCAGUUUUUAUCAAUUCCUCUUCUUAAUGUAUUUAAAAUGUUGAUCAUUCUAGCGCUUGUGUUCUCUGUUAUGUAAUGUUUUUAUU